GCGUUAAUGUACAGAAGCAGUGUUGACAUGAAUAAACCAAUAGCAUAGAUUUGUUUAUUGUAAAUGAAAUAACAUUUUGUUGUGACUUGCUUAUGGUUAUCUAUGGAGGGUGACGAGAUUCAAAGGUUAAUGAGGUACGAAGAAUCUGUGAAUCCUCUUCCGGAGCUAGCUGACAUCUUCCUCCCACAUGAAGGAUUUUGUGGAAUUGAUGCUUUGCAGAAGGAAUCAGAUCUACACAACUUCAGUAUACCUGAUUGCCUCCUUCAGUAUACGCAGUUAGACCAUCCUGAUGCAACUGAUUUGGUUCAUGUCGCAAAACAUGUUGUUGGCAACGACCACAUCGUUGGUGUUCACCCAUCAUCAGUUCAAGAGAGCAAUCCAUUACCUUCUGCUGCAUCAGUGGUGAAAUCAGCAGACUAUAGAGAUAAAACUGCCGAUGUCAAGCAUAAAACAAUCCAACAAAAGUUAAACGAGACAAAAAAGGUUUUGUUUAAUUCCUCUUCAUCAUUGGACACAAGUGACUGUGGAAAGUCCAAAUCCUCACCAGCCACAGACACAAAGCUACAAGAUGUAACAGAUGGAAAAGUUGUUGGUGUUUGUGGUGUUUGUCGUUUUACUUAUUCAACUUACAAAGAGAAGCAAGCACAUAUGAAGGGGUCCGACCACAUAUGCAAACGAGAGGCACUUUCUGGGACCAAUUUUAAAAUGCUUGCUGAUGAAACAGAACUACUAAAAGCAGUUGAAAACUUGCCGCAACCUUGUUCUGUUUGUAAGAAGCCACUUCCAUCAUUGCAAGAGUUUUUAGUCCACCAUAGAAAACACAGCGGAAAAAUUCCAUUUGUUUGCAUUCGAUGCAAAUCAUCGUUUGCUAAACGUUCUGAUCUUAUUUAUCACAUCAAGAAACACCUUGGUGUGAACAACUUUAUGUGUCCUCGAUGUCCACAGUCGUUCCGUCAACAAUCCCGACUGACAUCACAUAUGAUUGCGCAACAUGGAGUGAAAGAUACACGGCCACGCAACUUUAAUUGCACUGUACGUCCCACUUACAUUUUACAUCCUGUUACCGGGGCUUUAGAGGAAUGCAAUGAAUCCUUCAUGACCAAAAGUGCAGUGAACAUGCAUAUGCAGUCACAUACAGGUUAUCGACCAAUCAUAUGCACAGAAUGUGGUCAUGGUUUUCGUUCCAAUAAUGCUCUUGCUGCCCAUCAAAGAGUACAUACAGGUGAAAAACCCUUCAAAUGUGACAUGUGUACGUUUUCAACCAAAACCAAACAACUACUUUCAAGACACAUUCGUAAACACACCGGUGAGAAGCCGUACAAAUGCGAACAUUGUACGUUCUCCACUGCGUGUUCUGCUGGUCUGAAACGUCACAUCUUACAACACACUGGCUCAAAACCUUUCAGAUGCCCCUACUGUUCAUACAGGAGUUCAAAUAUUGAAAACUUGCGAAAACACAUAAAAAAUACGACGAAACACACUGGUUUGAAGAUAUACCCUUGUCACCACUGUGACUUCUCUUGUGAUCAAGGAAGUGAUUAUUUGAAGCACAUGAAACAGCACUUUCCAUACCUCGAUGUUGAUUCAGAAUCAGCCACUAAACUUGCUGGUAUCUUGGUUUCCGAACAAAAUGAUGAACUUGAGAAAUCUCUUGCCAAACCACACACUGCAUACACAAACUCUGAGAUCCCGUUAUCCUCCUGCAAAGAUGAGGAUGUUGAAAUGAUGGUGACUACGAUGAAAGAGGAUCAGAACAAAACUCGUGGGGAGACGAGCAACCUUGCUGAGCUGGAUGCAGAGUUUUUGAAUGCUCUCAUAAAAAUUCCCAAUUUACAGCGUAUCAUAUUACCUCAGGAUAGUAGCAACGGACCAGUUACAUUGGUUAUAGGAAGCGACCAACCAAUCAAUGAAGUUUUCCAAGAAGGUACGAAUAUUUCAAGUGAAGUUUUAAAUCCUACAACCAAAGUGCAAUCUACUGGAUUCCAAAAACCAUUUCACCUCAGUGCAACUACUUUAAAUGGGCUCUCUAGCGCCCCCAGCGAAGCUGACCACUUUCUCCUGCCAAAUGAGACGUCAUCUUGCGUAUAGUUUUUGUUGUUGUCGAAUCUUGUACUGUAGUUUAAAUAAAAUAUAUUGAAAUCAAAUAAAAAACGCACUGUCGUAAA